GAGGGCGCUCUAACAGCUUUCAGGAAGACCUACGACAAGACUGUGGCUCUUGGUCACAGGUUAGACAUAGUCUUCUACCUGCUGAGGAUCGGGCUCUUCUACAUGGACAGUGACCUCAUCACCCGCAACUCAGAAAAGGCAAAGAGUCUCAUCGAAGAGGGAGGAGACUGGGACAGGAGGAACCGUCUGAAGGUGUACCAGGGCCUUUACUGCGUGGCCAUCAGGGACUUCAAGCAGGCUGCAGAGCUUUUCCUCGACACCGUCUCUACCUUCACCUCAUACGAGCUCAUGGACUACAAGACCUUUGUUACUUAUACAGUUUACGUCUGCAUGAUUGCCCUACAAAGGCCCGACCUCCGUGAGAAGGUGAUAAAAGGGGCUGAGAUUCUGGAAGUGCUGCACAGCCUCCCUUCUGUCCGCCAGUAUCUAUUUUCCUUGUACGAGUGCCGUUACUCCGUGUUCUUCCAGUCUUUAGCUCUGGUGGAGCAGGAGAUGAAGAAAGACUGGCUCUUUGCUCCACACUACCGCUACUAUGUAAGGGAGAUGAGGAUCCAGGCCUACAGCCAGCUGCUGGAGUCCUACCGCUCCCUUACGCUGGGAUACAUGGCGGAGGCCUUUGGUGUCAGCACAGAGUUCAUUGACCAGGAGCUAUCCCGAUUCAUAGCUGCCGGACGUCUGCACUGUAAAAUUGAUAAUGUUAACGAGAUUGUGGAAACCAAUAGACCUGAUAGCAAAAACUGGCAGUACCAGGAAACCAUCAAAAAAGGCGACCUGCUGCUCAACAGAGUGCAGAAGCUAUCAAGAGUCAUUAACAUGUAACUACGGCGGCCAUCUUUAUUUCAGUGAUGUUUCCCGUUGGAUUACCCAAACCUGUUAUUUGUCUGACAAAGUGGCUUAUAUUGUGUAUAUAAUAAACCUGUUUACCUAAAAUGGUCUCAAGU